UUUAUGGUCGAUGAGUAAUCCUGCAACUGUCAUUGUCAGUUGUAGGAGAGUGACGUGAUUUCUUGUUUGUGAACAUUGGGCGAAUAACGUGUCACUGUAAACGUCAUUCGUCAUUAUCAUUUAUUUGCGAAAAGUUUGCACUGAUUCGCAUGUCAUGCGUCAUCGGUAAUCGGUGACAUUAAAGCUAGCGAAAACUUUUUAGUUUUGAGGUUAGGUUUUCAGUUUUUAUCAAAACGGGGGCCGAACAGUCAAUGAUGUCCGUCUCUCAGAUGGAAAAGAACUUGUUCAACCUGAAGUUUGCGGUGAAGGAGCUGGAGAGGAACUCGAAGAAAUGCGAGAAGGAGGAGAAAAUAGAGAAGGCAAAGAUCAAGAAGGCGAUACAGAAGGGCAACAUGGAGGGUGCCCGCAUUCAUGCGGAGAAUGCGAUUCGACAGAAGAACCAGGCGUUGAAUUAUCUCAGGAUGAGUGCCAGGGUGGACGCAGUGGCCAGCAGAGUGCAAACCGCGUUGACGACUCGCAAGGUCACCCAGUCCAUGGCUGGUGUCGUUAAGGCCAUGGAUGCGGCCAUGAAGUCGAUGAAUCUGGAAAAAAUCUCUGGACUCAUGGACAAAUUCGAGAGCCAGUUUGAGGAUCUGGAUGUACAGAGCUCGUACAUGGAGAACGCCAUGUCGCAAACUACAACUACUAACGUACCUCAGAACGAUGUGGACUCUUUGAUGCAGCAAGUAGCAGACGAGGCUGGGCUGGAAUUGAAUAUGGAACUACCUGCUGGUCAACUAGGCAGUAUCGGUACUUCAACAGCAGUGAGCCAGGAGCAGGACGAGUUAACACAGAGAUUGGCCCGACUUAGGGAAUAAUCAUUGCUUUAAUGUACAUUGCGAUUCAAAUAUUUAAAAAAAAUUAUGUAAUAUAUUCGCAAUAUAUGAUAAACUACACGGUACCACGUGCAUUCAUAAGCUCCAAUUCUCUGGAGAACAAGUUGACGGUCCGAAGCGAACAAGAAAGAUAAAUCCUUCACGUUACAACAGCUUGGUAGUCCGCACGCUGCAUGUACCAAGCUUUGAUUGAUAUUAGGUGGAUAAGAACAUUAUUAAGGCUACAUCAGUCUCUGUCUUGAAGAUCUAUGGGUCAUUCAGUACCUCUAAACACGUGUGAUUGGUCCCUCGUUAUUUAUUUUAUAUACAGAGAAUCUUAAAAUAUUAAUUUCAUAAAAGUGUUUUUAUAAAAACUUAACUGCAGUUAAUAAUUAAUUAACUGAUUAUGUCAUUAUGAUAAAUUAGAAGCAACCAGUUAAGUUUCUAUAAACUUCAAUAUUUCUUUAAUAUUAUUUCGUAAGAAAUGCUUAUACUGUAAAGAUCAAUUGUAUAUCUACAUAUAAAUUAGAAAUAAAAUAUUUGUUACUUAC